AUGCUCAUCGCUCAUCUUCACGCACUAAUCGUCGCUCUGCUCUGCGUUCACUCUGCAUCCUCCUCGCCUCCGGGUCAUGCGGUAUCUGUGCGGUUCGCCCGGUGCGUUAACAGCUCCCUACAGGAUUAUACACCCACGGGUGUCCGUGACCUUGACCCGAAAAGCUGCGUGUGUGAGGGGUGCCAGUUUGUAUUGUCUUCUGAGACUUGUUCCUGUGGGAACCAGCUGCACGCUCUGGUGGUCAGCGCUUGUUUUAACUCCUCUGUCACAGAGGAGACAAAAGAUGUGAAAGAAGGAAGCAAAAAUCAAAGCUCUGUCUCCACUAUCCAGCUGAUCUGCUCUCGCAGCUUGAUGAUCUAUUUUCUCCAAGGCCCCCGAGGCACGCCCCCCUGCUGUCCUUCCCCACAUUUAGGCUCCAGCAAAGAGCAUGUUGAGGAUGUGACUGUCACCCUGGAUUUAGAAAUGAAGGAAGGAGUGAAUGUAGUUUCCUUUCCAGGGAUAAGACAUAAACAGCGAGAGAAAAUGAUGGAGGAUGUGGAGGAGGAUUGUCCUUCAAGCUCUGAGCUCCUGAAAUUUACUUUGGUAGCUGAAUGUCCUUUCAUCUUUAACCUUAGCCUGAAUGUAUCUGACUAUCAGCUAAGAGCAGGUGAUAUUGUUUCCGAGGGCAACGAGCUCUUUAAGCUCACAGUGGAAGCAGAAUCCAACCACAGCUCUGAAAAUCUCAAAGACUGCGUCUGCAGAAUGAAGGACUGUGACAAUGAGCUGCUUUUUGACAUCCCUGGUGGGACAACAAACCAAACGUGUCGGGUUUCAUUUAGCAUCUCAGCAGAGUCAGAUGUGACUGCCUGUCUUCUGGUGAAUGCAACACCAAAGCACAGAAGCAGCAGCUGCACCGCAGGGGCCGAAGCAACAGUGGUUUUGCUUUUCAACCGCAGCGGGACUGUUGUGAUUCAGCUGCGAGCUGAAAAUCAGGUGUCUUUUCAGAGCAAAUGUGUGAGAAUGUGUGUCAGGGGGAAAAGGAAGUUACAAGCCAAAAAUAUUUCAGCUUGGAAACCACCAGCUCAGAAGUUUUUCUGCAUUCACCAAAGAACUAUGAUUUAUUUUCCCCCCUCAGUUGUUAGGAUUUAUGCAGAGCAGCAAGUGUAUCCCACAAAUAAAGACAUAACUUUCCUGGCUGUCAGUGACAUACCAGAUCCUGUAGAGUUCUUCUGGGACUUUGGAGACUCCAAAUGGGCCAGAACCUCAUUAAGGUCCAUAAUUAAAAGAUAUCACAACCCUGGCAGUUACAAAGUGAUGGUUGCUGCCUCUUGGGGUCAGAUGACUGUCACCUCGGACCCGUUUUCCAUCGAGAUCCAGAGAGUGGUGAAGCUCAGCAGGUUGGUUCACCAGACCUCAGUCCUACAAAAUCAGACUCUUAUAAUAACAUGCAGAGUCAGUGUGGGGACCAACAUGACCUUCAUGUGGAGCUUCGGAGACGGAAUAACCAGAACCGGACUGAGCACGACACAUCAUAUCUACCACAGGUUAGGAGAGUUUCUGGUCAAAGUGACUGCAUCUAAUCUCAUUAGUUCUGCUUCUUUGAGCAGCCACGUCUUUGUUGUCGACAGGCCUUGUCAGCCUCCACCAGUCAAAAACAUGGGUCCACUCAAACUUCAAUUUCAGAGGCAUGAAGUUAUCCAUCUGGGGGUGACGUUUGAUACAAACAUGGACACAUCAGAAGGCCUUCACUAUACCUGGACUUUAUUUGGCUCUGGAGGCCAGAUCAUUCCGUUGCCUCAUAUAGAUACACAGGGACAAAGUCUCACUCUACAAAGCCAUCUCCUCCAAUAUGACACCUACACAGCCAUAGCAAGGGUUGGGGUUAUUGGCAGUGUGGUGUACAGUAACUACACAGUGACUUUACAAGUAAAGCCAAGCCCUCUGGUGGCAUUUAUCCAAGGUGGAACCAAUGUCUUUAUUCGUACGAAAGACAAUAAUAUGAUCACCAUGGAUGGGCAGAAAUCCUAUGAUCCAGACUACCCUGACGUCCCACUCAGCUACAGCUGGACAUGUAAACCAAUGUCAAUCAUCACCAGCUCCUGUUUCAACCAGGACAUUCCCACUUCAUCUUCUGUGCUGAAAUUUCCUACCAGUUCCUUGAAGCCUAGGUUCGACCAGUUCCAUUUCACGCUAACCGUCCACAGCAGAGGGCGCUCAGCUUCAUCAGAGACUUUCCUCACAGUAACCCCACACCUUACAGGGAAGGUCUCUGUUCUCUGCUAUCAGUGCCAGGGAGAUCGUGUAAACUGGGAUCAGUCGUUUUCGGUCAGCGCUCUUUGUGAGGACUGUAACAUCCCCAGUAAACUCUUCCAGUUCACAUGGAGCCUUUACCUUGUCAACACUUCAUCCAAGCCCCUUGUAGAGGUCCCAUUUUGUCACACAGUGGAGAUCAGUCCCCCGGCGGCAAUUCUGGAGAAUCCCACAACAUCCACCCAGACUCCUGAGUCGACGUCCCUUCAGUUUCAGCCCCAGGAUUUAUAUCUGGGUGAUUGGGGGUCAACAUCGGAAGAAAGUGGAGAUAAACCACAUCAGUUUGAUUCAAGUUCUGAGUCUUCAUAUACAUCUGUUUUUGACCAGGACACUAGAAUAUUCUUAGACAGAAACAGCCUUAAAGGCAUUUCUAGUGAGUUUCCCGGUGAGUCCUCAACAGACUGGAAACAUGCUCUUCCUUUAAUGGAAGACAAGCCUGUAGCUGGUCAACCAGACAAAUCCAUAGCAGAGUCUGAUGAUUAUGCUGUUCUUUAUCCAAACGUGGAGGAAGGAGAUUCAGCGACUUCAGCAGGAAGACCUAAUGGGGUCGACGCUGAGAGCUACGGUCCAAGUGACGACUCCAAGUCAGAACGCAAAGAUGAGGGAAAUUACUUGAUGGAUCCCAAACCUUCAGUGCUGAUUCAGGAGCCCACUUUGCUGGACUUACACCGCGAUGCAGUAGACAGAGACCUGUUUGAGUCCUACACCUACACAGGAAUCUCCUCAAGUUUGUUGAGAUUCAGACCCUUCAGUCUAAAGCCAAGAAGCAUCUACAUGUUGCAGGUUAUUGCCAAGUCUCAAAAUACUUUGGUGGGUCGGACUCAGCUCUUUCUAAAAACCAACCCUGUCCCAGGCGGCAUGACGUGCCAGGUUCAGCCGGUUGAUGGGAUGGAGCUAUACACAACCUUCAGCAUCUUCUGUACCUCAGGGCAGGAGGACUUAGAGUAUAAGUACAGCUUCAGUGUAGGAAGCAGACCCCCCAGGAUGCUCUACCAGGGAAGAGACUUCCAGUACUACUUCAGCCUCCCAUCAGGUGACCCCAGCAAUGACUAUGAAGUAAAAAUCUAUACCCAAAUCCGAUGCAGCAGCACUGGCUCAGCCACCAAACCAUGUCCUGUGACGGUACGAGUCAGACCCAGCUUCCUCAGGAACACUUCCUCCUCUUCAUCAGACGAUCGUCAUGAUCCCGCCCUGAAGCUCUCAGAGAGUCUGAGGACCGUGUCCACUCUGAUGCAGCUUGGGAAUCCAGUGGAGAUCCUUAACUAUAUCAGCCUCCUGACCAGCAUCCUAAACAGACUGAGCCAGGAUGCUGAGGCUACCACACAGGCACAAAGGCACACUCGCAAUGUGCUUAUCUGCACAUUAUGCCAGCUUAAAGGCAGUGACCAGCUAAUGAUGGCUGACAGCAUCUCUGUUCUGAAUGAGCUUUUACAAUUUCAAAAUCAGGUGACAUUAUCGAGUGUCAGACAUGUAGCCUCACAAGUUCGAUCUGUUUCAAAGAAGUUUCCUGAGUUUACUGCCAAGGAGGAGAGGCUCCACAGUCUGAUCAACUUGCUGUCAUACUGCCUCCAGGUGGUCACAGGGCCAGGAUCAUCAACAAAACCACAAAAAAAGGAUUGUGAAGAAGGAUCUGAUUGCAGUGAACCAAACAAGUCCACCGUUUCUACACUGGAACAUGGAGAAGCAGGUCCAGCAGAGCCACUGGCACAGCUUGUGGAGGAGAUUCUGCUGACUGCAGCAGACUUGAUGCUGAGGUUCCUUCUGUCCAAUGAGGCAAAGGUACACAAAGUUAAAGCUGGCCCUAUGACUUUGCUUGUUUCAACCCAAAACCAAUCCUCCACAAUCAUCCAGGGUGGCUUCACCACCAUCCACAUGCCAGCUGCUCCGAUCCGGAGGUUGUUUGCUCAUCACACCAAAGGGGUUCGGCUGAGAGAGCAGCAACCCUGCGUCCUCAGAGUGAUGACUGAGCUCAGCCACAACUAUCAUCUCAAAGACUCAUGUCCAGAAGUUAAAACAGGGAGGGAUUUUAUUCCCACCUCCCUUUUCCAGCUGACUGGACCAGUGGUGUAUCUUAGUCUGUUCAGGUGCAGCACCAGACGAAAACUCCAUAUUCAUUCCCUAUCUCAGCCAAUAAACAUUAAGCUACAACUUCCACAAAGAAACGAGAGCUCUCCCAGUCAGUACAUCCUCCUGAGCCGCCAGAUCAACUACCACAACUUCACCAUCAGCCAGCAGCUCUUACAGCGGUCCAUUCAGGUGACUGUGGUGUUUACGCCACUGCCCAGUAAGCCUUUUCCCAUCAUGCUUCUGUUCAGGAUGUUUGAGAGGCCAACUCCCAGUAUGCACCAUCUGCAAAGGAUUCACCGAUGGGAGCACAGCACCAUACGCUUAACUCUUCCCCCUUCCUACCUUAAUGCUGCAGGUGUUGCCCAUAUUGCGCUGCUUGAUGCUAAUUUUGGAAGAUUAUCCAAGAGCAAUCUACAAAGCCAAGAGAUAAGCUACAGUGUGACAGUGGACAGCAGUCUGUGUUUGUCCUGGGAUGGACAGCAGAGGGCCUGGACGCACCAUGAUUGCAGGACAUACCAAACAGACAUGUCUUCCGCUGUUAACUGCAGUUGCUAUGGGCUGAGGCCAAUGACCGUCUUUCAGCAGCAGAUUCAGAGCAGCCAGGACAGUGGUGAUCUGGAUCCCUUCCUAAGUGCCUCCAGCAAUGUCACUGUUCUCAGUAUUCUGGUUAUCCUCCUGGUCCUGUACAUCCUAGGGCUGGUCUGGUCCAAAAGAGCUGACAUUAUGUCUAAGGAGAAUCAAAGGGUCCACUUCCUUUCCGACAACAACCCGGAAGACCCCUACCUCUAUGCUGUUUGCAUACACACUGGUCUCUACUCUGCAGCCCAUAUGACUGCAAAAGUUUACAUUGCUCUGUAUGGGGAAGAUGGAUUCUCACAAACAAAAGAGCUUCAAAACCCAGGGUGCACUCUGUUUAGAAGAAACACUAAAGACACCUUUAUAUUGAGUGCCACAGAGAGCCUGGGCCCAGUGUGGGGGGUUCACAUCUGGCAUGACAACUCCGGACUUUCUCCAGACUGGUACCUCAAAGAAGUGGUGGUGUCUGAGGUAAAAAGAGCGCCGGCGGAGGCGCGCUCAUGGCAGUUUGUCAGUGAGUGCUGGCUUGCUGUCAACAAAGUUGAUGGCCAAGUGGAGAGGAUGCUUCGUGUCUGCUCUCAAGAAAUACAUUUUGCUAAGAAGGUUUUACUGCGGUUUUGCGACUACUUGGCGGAUUUCCACAUGUGGCUUAGUGUGUACAGCUGUCCCAGUUCCAGCUCUUUCACACACACUCAGAGACUCAACGUUUGCCUGCUUCUCAUCCUGGGUUAUGCAUGUGCAAACAGUGUAAUCGUAUCGCAAAUAGAUGUUCAGUUGCCAUUUGAGGUGGGCAUCGUCGAUCUGUCGGAUGUUUCUUUGACCACCGGACUGCUAAGUGUGAUGGUUGCAUUACCCGUUGCAACACUGAUAUCUUUACUGUUUCGACUGACGGGAUGUGGAGUUCAACAUGCAUAUCACAUAAAAACAGCACAGGGGGAUUUUCAGGGGAAUGAUAGUGAGUUAGACUACCAAUCAUCUUGGGUACAGAGAGCCUUAAGGAACAAAUACCAGGGUACAGAUAUCUUACAUUCCUCCAUUCAUGAAAACAAAGACACAGAGGGAGAAUCUACAAUCCAUGCAAACAGGGCUGUCAGAAAUUAUGAUCAUCUGGUAUUUGAAGGCAAUAAAGGGCAGGUGCUCCACAAACUGCUACUUACUUCAAAUGGGCAAUAUUUUGACCACACAACUGAAGAAAGGACUGAAAUACCUGAGAGUAGGCGGUUUGAUCAACCUGUCCGUAACAAGCUGAGACUGCCAUUGUUUUGGUGCCGCUAUGCGGCCUGGGUGCUGUGUCUGCUGUUGUCUCUCGCAUGCUUAGUGGUCACAGCUGGGCAUGGAAUGAGAUUCAGCAGCAGCAGGGUUCUGCUGUGGAUACAGUCACUUUGUGUUUCUCUCAUGGGCUGCGUGUUCCUCAUCCAACCAGUUCUAAUUUUUGCUUUGGCAAUGAUUGUCUCCUUUUGGUUCACCAAAGCAGCAGAUAGAUCUGUAGGAAAGUUACCAAUAGAGACAAACCUGUGGAGCCUGAAUCCUGCUGAUGGACCAGGAGAAAAAUUCACAUCUGCUUUCUAUGGGAAGAAUUCUCCAUCUGUGGAAACGCUGCUCAGGGCGAGGCAGAGAGCUCGGUACCUGCGUCUCAUGCACCCGCCGACUCAAGCAGAAGUGAGGAAAACUCGUGGAAAGAGAAGGAGAGAUGCCCAAAUCCAGGAAACACUCCGGGAUUUGUUUUUCUGCACCAUCAUGCUUCUCCUGAUGGUGUGUAUAAUCUCUGGCAGCUCCCAGAACGAGCAUCAGAGUCUCAACAAAGCCAUAAAAAGACGCUUUAUAAGGAACAAUUACUCCUUUACCUCUAUAAAAACACAUGAGGACUGGUGGAGGUGGACACAGUCCAGUCUGCUGGAUUUCUUGUACCAGAAUUCAUCAGCAAGAAAGGAGCCUCACGUUGUAAUUGGAGAGCCCAUUAUAGAGAAGAGAGAAAUCCUCAACGUGUUUAAGCUCCUUGGACAUGUGAUCAUCUCUGUUCAUGGAAAACUGCAACAGUUCGAAGCUGCAUUAAACCUGAAGAGCUUGUAUUCAAGCACCUGGAUCAAUAGGCAGACAGUGGCCGUAAAGGUUCAGUUUACCUUGUAUAGCCCUGCACCUCACUUAUUUAGCAGUGUGACCCUGACCACUGAGCAGAUCCCUGGUGGUGUUCUGUUGCACUCUGUCAAGGUCCAGUCAGUCAGGCUGUUUUAUUCUCCUACUCUAUGGGACUAUGUGACUUUGUUCUGCAAGCUUCUCUUCCUGUUUUUAUCUCUAAUACAAUCCUGCAAUCAAGUUUCCAAUAUUGCACAACAAGGACUGACUGGAUGCUGGAGGAGUCCCUGCAUGUGGCUGGAUGUUGGUCUGCUGGCAGUGACUCUAAUCUGUAAUGUUUGUUAUAUCUGUCGCUCCACCAUGACCAUGGAAGUUGUAAAUUUGCUGCAGACACAACAUAGAGGGCAUGUUGAUGUUAGCGCUGUGGCUAACUGGGAACAGAAUAUUCGGACAUUUCUGGGUGUUAUCAUCUUCCUCCUGACCAUGAAGUGUGUGGCCUUUCUUAGAAUGAGCAGAACCUUCAGUUCCUCAGCUGCAGUGCUUUCACAGAUGCUCUCCAGCCUCUUAUGGCCUAUGGUUUCAGGUCUGAUCCUUCUGCUGGCGUUUUCCUGCACUGGGUAUUUGUUGUAUGCAGAAAGCUCCUUCAGCUCUGUUCCCCCUUCCCUGCAGACUCUGCUUUGUCAUUACCGCUGGCCCCGCGUCACAAAGAGUCCACUUAACUCAAAGUGGGGUUUAACUCACUGGGCGGUUCUGUUUCUAACAACUACUGCUGUGUGGGCAGCAAUGAUACUUGGGGCCUUUUCCUUAUUGGUGAAGAGAGCUAAAAGAUCCCAGAGCAGGAACGUUAGUUUUUCCACAGGAGAUAUUUUAUGCUACAUGAGAAGGAGGGUGUCUGAAUUCACUGGACGGCAAAGACAAGCAAGGAAAGCAGACAAAAGAAGGAUUUUUGUCCUUGAUGAGCUGGAGAGUUCAGUAGAUGAACUCUUGUCGAAACUCAACGUCCUUUCUAACAGCAUGCACCGCACUCACAGAGCUCACUGCUACAGAGAGGAGGACACUCCUGUCAUCUCAGCCUCGCCACAGUCUUCCAUCAUGGACACACAGGGAUGUCUGAGGUCGGAGAUGACGGGGGGAAAUUCGAAGACAGGGAAUAAAGCAACUAAUGAAUCACAGGAAAGAACGACCUCACCUGGAUCUCACCUGUUCAAAUGCAAGGCUGUAACCAGGAUCCAAACCCUUUCAGAGGAAGCAAAUGAUUUGUUAAAAAUAAAAAACUGGCUGUCUUCCUCAGAGUCAACAUCCCUCGUUGGGUUUUGGACUGAAGAUAUGUGUGAGAAUCAACCUGAACUACAAGGUGGAACAAACAGUAGCUGCUGGUUUAAUACAACUAAAUCCAAGGUGGUGGAGGUUCUGGUCCAUAAGGAGCCAGGAACAGGAGAACUAUAGUGCAUUAUUUUUCUUGUUUUAUUGUAAGCAAGUUCUAUCUUUAGAGAUUAACCUUGGCCGGAUUUUUUUUCAGUGAUGUAUUCUAGGUAAAUAAAAUAAAUGAAAUACUACAGCUUUUGAAUAAACUAGAUUCUGAAACAGUGGAGUUUCUCAUACCUGUUAUUAUGGCUUCAGGGGACUUUCUUAAAGGAAGCAAACAUAAAGUUGAUGCUGAAUGUUUAUGAUGUGAUGAAUCUGAAUUUUGUGAGUCUUUUACAUGUUUAAAUGAUCAAAUGGAGUCAAUGUAACAAAUGCAUGGUAAAGCAUCUGUUAGUGCUGCAUAAAUGUUUCAUUUCCUCUCUUGGGGUCUUUCUAUAUGGAAUUUUCACGAUUUAUGGGUUCUGC